CGCCCAAGUCAUCUGCCUGUCGUAACGACCCUGACCAUAUUUGCGGCAUGUAACAACUCCAUCAAUUCAGGCGUUUUUAUGCUCUAAGAAGACGGGGUGUCACUAUCAAGACCAUGAUACAUACUGCAAUCAUUACAGUGACGCUCAAUGUGUCGUGUCGUGUUCUGGAUGGCAUGGUCCGCACGUCUAAUCCAAAAGCUUCGGAGCACUAUUCUCGCGGCCUCAAAUGCUGCUCAGACGACUUUACUACCCGAUGUCGUGUCGUACAAGAGUCGCCCUGACGAAUUACCCAACUUCAUCCGGAGGAUUUUCAACAUAAUCGAACGGUCGUCAUCUAUUCGACGGUCUAGCUACAAGAGCGCGAUACAUAAACACACGCGCUCAGCCAGCGACGGAUUGAAGCCUAUCGGCUUCUACACCAUACGAUCUCUUCCGUGGCUAGCGCGUUCGACUGUUAAUCGAGAGGUUCCUAGUUCAAGCCUAGGCGGGAGAGUGAUUCUAUUUUGUUGGCGGUGUUUGACAGGGAUGAUCAGGGAAAGUGGGGGGGCUGGGAAGUGAUUCCGAGGAUGGGCCGAUGGGGCUGUCAAUUGAUGAUGACGGUGAUCUGUUCUUUUGUUUUUGCCAUCUCUUUUCAUUCUGUUUCUCCCGUCUUUGUAUGAUGGUAACAAGUGAUCGUGUCCGAGAGGGUGGUAGAAU